CUGACCACUCUUUGUGUCACUUUGACCGCACUUCUGGUGCUGACCACUGGAAUCGUUGGCGGCAUUUAUCUGUACCGCCAGUUCGCGCAAUACCGCUUGCGACACUUCAGAGGGUGGUGUAGUAUUCCUUAUGUGGAGCCCUCCAGUCGUUACGAGGAAAUGCAUCGAACUUCAGCAUCGAAUCCUGUAUUUGAUGCCCAAAAGCAGGACAACAUUAACAUCGAGACAAUGAUUAAUGAUUUGGCGAAACAGAUGCGCGAAUCAAUGGACGACUCUUUGCUCUCCGAAUCGAAUCAGUAUUUCGAUGAAGAGUUUGAUAUCGACGUUGAGUUCGAACAAUACGAGAGAAUAGAAGUCCCGAACUUUUCGCACGGAAGGAGAGGUCGCUUUGUGCACGACUUCGCUAAGAAUAUGACGGGAAUCAUAGAUGUAGAGGAGGGCCGGUGUUUCGUUCUGCCCCUCAAUCGGAGUCAAGUCCUUCCGCCGCAAUCGCUGUUUGAUUUGGUGGUGAAGAUGAGGACCGGCUAU